AUGACUGACACUAUCAAAAAUGGUUAUCAACAACCAUUAUUUAGAAGACGUUCCAUUUCUAAAGAUUAAAAACCAUAUGGCAGUAGUAGCUUACCUAGGUAGUAAUAAUACACCUUAGACUCUACAGAAAAUGAUAUUAAAGGCGAGUAGAAAAGCAUCGAAUAUGAAAAAAGGAUCAAAGACAACGAAAUAUCUAAGCUAAUUUAGGAAAAAGAUCACUAUAUGAAGAAUGCAAUAGAAAGUAACAAUAAACUAAAAGAAAUGAGGAAAAGUAGACUAAACGAUACUAUGGAAGAGAAUGAUUAAUUGAAAAAUUAAAUUAAAGAUCAAAGGCAAAGGGAACAGGAAUUAGAAACACUCGUUAAAAACUAGAAAGAGCAAAUAAAGGAAUUAGAAAAGAGGUAUUAAUACUUGUAGAAAAUUAAAGAUCCUUAUGAGCCUCCUGCAGUUGAUAUGAACCAUUAAGGCAUUGAAACUAAUUAAGAACAAUAAGAUUUUUAAAACCCUUCCAGUACAGUUCCUAUUUUUAAAAAUAAGUAUCCUGCUCACUCCCUGGCAAGUACAGGUGUGACAUAUAAAUAUCUUUCAAAUAAAAAAAAUUUGCCAUAACACAGCAGCACCUAUACCAGUCCUUUUAAGAAACCUCUUUAUCCUCAUUAGAAUGACUCUGUUGCUGAUGUUUUAGAUAGCGAGCCAUAAAGAAAUUAUGAAACUCCAAGGGAAAAAUAUAGAAAGAAAAAAAUUAAUUAUAGAAGUUCUGAUCCACAUAAUCCUGUUUUAGAUAAUAAAAGUUAUUAAUUUCCUAAAAAUGGUUAAAUUAACACUCAAAUAACAUAAAAUGAAUACUCCCCUAGCAGAGCAAAUGUCUAAAACGUCAAUUUCCUAAACCCAGAUGAUGUUUAGCCAGAUUCUGAGCUUGAUAACGCUUCUAGAGAGGAGCUUUUGCAUGCAGUAAAGCUUUUGAAAAAGCAGCUUCAAGCAUAGGAAAGAAAACAUAAAAACGAAUUAGAUGCUAUGACUAUUAGGACUUAGAGAGCUGAAAUGGAUGGCACAGAUCUUUCUAAUAACAGAUAUAGGGAUGCUAAAAUUAGAGAUUUAGAAAAUAAACUUAGGGAUAGAGAAAAAGAGUUAGAAAUGGUUUACAUGAAGAUGAAAAAUAAUCAAAAUGAAAACAUUCCAUUAUCCUCUAAUGCUUCAAAUAGAAGACCACUGUAGUUAGAGUCUCUACAACCCAAAGAAAAUUUUUCCAACUCAGCACAACCUUCAAGAAAAUCAAAUGGAUCCUAAAAUAUCGUAAUACCUGCAAGAUAUGAUUUAGAAACAAGAUAAGAUGUUCGUAAUUAAAUUGGUAAUGGAUUAUAAAAUGCUGAUGAGGAUCUAAUUAAAACAACUACUCAUGGCAAAUUAAAAAGAAUUACUGUUUGGAGUAAUAAUGAAAGAAUUCACGGAAUUACUUUCUCUUACCUAAAGCAUGAUGGUUCUUUGUUUGAGCCUAAUGUUAACAUUUUUGCAAGCAAAAACUUAAGAGCAGAUUUCAUGGACUUUGAUGUUGAAGAUGAUAACGAUUAUGUAGAAGAAAUAUAAGGCAAAUACAAUAUCAAAGGAGUAAAAGAUUUGAUUAUUACUAGUCCUACAGGAAAAUCAAAGCAUUUCAAACCAAUCGGGGUAGAUAAAUCAAGAGAUUAAGAAUUUAGCGAUUUAGAUGAAGUGUUUACUGUUAAAUAUGAUUACGUUGAGAAACCUUUGAAAGUAGUUUUCCCUAAUGUUUUCUAUUAUGAUAUGAAAGGUGCUCGUCUUUAUGAUAAGCAUGAUUAAAAUUUCUAUUAUAUGGAAUCAACAAGAUGCAUAUCUUUGUCAAAUCCCAAUUUAGUAUAUAUUGCUGGACUUCCAGCUAUAAGAAUGCCAUUGAAAUAAGAUCCUAAUGAUGAAUUGCUUUCAAAUGCACCAAUGACUAAUCACUAUUACUCUGAUAAUGCAGAUGUUUCAAGAUUAAAAGAAAUUAAAGAAGAUGGAUUUGGUAAAAUUAAUUGGACAGAUGCAGAACUUAUUUUCUUUGAAAAGAAAGUGAAAAUAUAUAAAAUGUCCGUUUAUGCAGAUAACGAAUAUAUUUAUGGUUUCUAGUUUUAAUAUCUCACACCAGAUGGCUACUAGCUCAUUGUAGGUAAAAAGCAUGUUGGUAUUUAGCAUUUAGAUAAACCUGUUAAAGAAUUUUCUUUUGAUACUCCUGAACUUCAAUUAAGCAAGAUAUACAUUUACCGCACAAGAGCUGAUAUUAUUUAAAAAUUAAUUAUCAUAACUUCAGAUAGUAAAAGAACUGAGUUUGGAAAAAUAGUUACAGACAAAGAUGCAAAAGAAAUUCUUCUAGAGUUAAAGCCAACAUCUUAUCUAUAUGGCUGCUUUAUAAACCAUCCAUUAUCUAGAACACCAGGAGACAUAAUACUAAGUAAUUUAAGGGUUGCUGAAAUUAAGCCUUACUAUUGA